GGUUGUUUUGCCACCUCCCUCCCUUCCCCUCUAUUGUUUCAGGCUCUGGUGAAGGAUCGAUACACACGGCGUGAACACUGGACUUGCCCAUGCUGAGGAGUAACAUUGACAUAGGGUAAAGGUGUGUGCGUAAGCACCACACAUCGGCGCAGGACCAGGAUGUGAUGUCGCACAGGUGCUCCCGUUUUCUGUCCAGCUUUGUGUUUGCGAGCGGGGACCCCCCCUACCGCUCCAAGGGCAGGACAUGUUUGAAGCCAAACCCCGGGCGGUGGAGAAGAAAGAGUCGAGCACUGAGACAGAUGAGGGGCUUGGCAGCAGCGGGAAGCAUUACGGAUCCGGCUCGCUGGGCUCGGGUUCGGCCGGCUCCGUCUACCUGUCAGACAGCCAAGACUGGGCGGUCUCCCCGAGCUGCUCUCCGGACGAAGGCCCCGUCCAGCACAAUGCCAUCUCACCCGUGCUGGCAGAGGAGACUUUCCGCUACAUGAUCCUCAGUGGUGAUCGCGUGGAACAGAUGACCAAGACAUACAAUGACAUGGAAGUGGUCACGCACCUGUUGGCUGAGCGGGACAGAGACUUGGAGCUGGCGGCUCGGAUCGGUCAGUCACUGCUGCAGAGGAACCACCUGCUGCAGGAACGCAACGAGGCCUUAGAGGAGCAGCUAACACAGGCCCUGGACCAGGUUCACCAGCUGCAGCAUGAGCUCAGUAAGAAGGACGAGUUGCUGCGCAUUGUGGCCAGCGUCUCGGAGGAGAGCGAGACCGACUCCAGCGUGUCCACGCCGCUGCGGCAGCCUCAGCCACCGGGGGGAACCACCGCUGCCGCAGCACUGAGCCAGCUGGAGUCCCUGCAGAGCAAGCUGCAGGAGCUGGAGGAGGAGAACCUGACGUUGAGGAGUGAGGCGAAUCAACUGAAGAGAGACACCGUCACCUAUGAGGAGAAGGAGCAGCAGCUAGUGAGCGACUGUGUGAAGGAGCUCCGUGAGUCCAACAGCCAGAUGGUGUCUCUGACAGAUGAACUGUCUCAAAAGAACGAGGAGCUGCUCAGACACCAGGAGGAAAUCGCUCAGCUGCUGUCCCAGAUAGUUGAGCUGCAACACAGGGUGAAGGAGCUGGCUCUGGAGAAAGAGGAGUUGAGGAUCCACCUGCAGGCCUCUAAAGAUGCUCAGAGACAGCUAACAGCAGAGCUGAACGAGUUGGCGGACAGGAAUGCAGAGUGUGUAGAGAUGCUCCAUGAAUCCCAGGAGGAGAUCAGAGAGCUUCGCAGUAAAAACACUCCCUGUGCUGGGAUGCGAAGGCACCUUUCCUACGGCCUCUACCCCAUGGACUCUCUGGCAGCAGAGAUCGAGGGCACCAUGAGGAGAGAGCUGAGUGUUGAGGAAGAGACCACCUUUCAGGACCAAAGAGUAUCCCAGAAGCGAGUCUUCCAAACAGUCCGCUCCAUCAACGCUUCUGCAUCGCGAGCAGCUUCGGCCACCCCUCCUAUCCCCGGCUCAGGACAGAGCUCUCUAGUGAUGACAGCACAGCCCUUCUCGUCCACUCAGGGGGAGGAGGUGCGACUAGGCCAGCCUGGAUCUCCAGGAGGAAACGACCUGACCAAAGCCCUCCACCGCUUGUCUCUGCGACGGCAGAACUUCCUGUGCGAGCGUCAGUUCUUCCAGGCGGAGCGCGAGAAGAAGAUGCAGGCGCUGGCAGGGGCGGAGGCAGACGGGGAGGGCAGCGGCUGCAGCUCGCCGAUGGGCAGCAUGUUCUCCUCUUUCUCCAACCUCUCAGAGCUCUCCAUCAGCUCCAGCCUGUUCAAGACCUUCCUGCCUGAGAAGCUUCAGAUCGUCAAGCCCAUGGAAGGCUCACUGACUCUCCAUCACUGGCAGCAGCUGGCGAAACCCCACCUGGCCACCAUCCUGGACCCCCACCCUGGGGUGGUGACCAAGGGUUUCUGCCCACUGGUUCAGGAUUCUGUCUACCGCCUGUCUGACAUGGAGGAGGAUGAGGAGGAUGAAGAGCACAGAGAGACAGGUGUCGUGGAGAAGGGGGCCGCAGAGCGGGGUAAGGAAGAGGAGGAUGAGGAAGAGGAGGAAAGUGGGAUUACUUUCAAGGUGUGCUUUUCGUCUACGCCAGAGGAGAGGAAAGACAGAAAGCAUUCUGUGUCGCCUCUCCCUGUCCCUCCUCUCUCUCAAACUCUGCCAACAUCACCUGGGACACCUGCCACUUCCUCCUCUGUCAGAUCAGACCUGUGUCUGACCCCCGCAAACCGGCAUGUCACUGAGAAAUCCAGCCUGACAUCUCAGCCCACUCCAGGAGCCUGUACAGCAACGGUCCUAUCACAAAGUCAGAUUUGUACCUCGACGUCAACAACAGCAUCUUCCUCUGUCCAAAAUCCAGGCAAGUGCCAGAGCUCCACCUUCUCCACGUAUACCUUCACCACCUGUCGCAUCCUGCACCCCAGUGACAUCACACAGGUGACCUCAAGUUCUCAGUCACCCCUCUUCGCCAACACACCCAGCUCCAUGAGGACAGGUCCCAGCACCCCUGUGACUCCUUGCAGACUGAGUCUGGGUGACUCCUUUCCCCCUCGACGUCCCCCUGCGCCCACCAGCGGCCUGGCCAAGCUAGUCCUGGAGAGGGGCAUUUCUGCACAAGUCUCCACUGACACCCCUCCUCCAUCCCCAAAACCCACACCCCGGCAGCCCCUCUUCCACCUCCUCCCAAGCACACCCCCUAACUCUCCUUCCCACUCACCUGCUCCCUCCCCGGUGCCCAUGGAGUCCCGCCAACACCCGGCUGACAAUUUCCUAGCUUCACGGCCAGCAGAGCUUUUUCUCCAGGACGUUUACGGGUUGAAUCUGGGUCGUGCACCACAUCCCGACCUACCAAGCCCUUCCCUGGAAACUCCAGCCCUGGUCCCGUCCCCUAAAUCGGGCAGAGCCAGACCUGACCCAGUCAGUGUUGGCCUAGUGGAGAGGUUGCGGCGGCUCGGGUUCACCAAGGUGCUCCAGGGUUCAGAGUCUGAGGCUUCAGUGCCACGGCAGGAUUCUUCUACUUUUGUGUCAACAGGCGGAGGAAGCCUAUUGGAUGGCUUGAGGCGCAACCAGAGCCUCCCAGCCAUGAUUGGUGCCCGAGCGGGGAAGUCAGCUGGUAAUCCUCCACCUCCUCCUCACCCCACCUCCUUGGCCCUCCCUCCAUCACCCUGGGGAAACCCCAAAGAACGGCGCCGGCACCUUGCCUCUGUCCCCCAUGCCCCAUCAAGUUCAACCAAACGCUGAAGGGGAGAGGUGGAUGGACCGGGAGGGAGGGCAAACACUCCAGAACAUGAACCCCUCCUUUACACCUCCAUCCUCUUCUUCCUCCCUUCAUAUCUCUUCCUUUUUGCCUUUGGAGAGAGGAGUCAGGGCAUCCGGUGGGCAGAACAAUCCCCUCCUUUUUAUGACUUAAUUUUAAAGCACAAUUGAACUAAUUUGACUGUUUUUAGCAACGCCGCAGUGUCUGUGUAGAUGUUUGCCAUUAUGCGACUUAUGGAGGCCUUUUCUUGCCUCUGAGUGGGUUAUUCAGCUCUCGGUACCUUCUCAGUUGUGUAUGAAUCUUAAUAAGGUUAUGUGGUUUUCCUGCUAGGCUCUGGAUGUUCAGGUACAGGUAGAGGAGGUUGGGUAAAGGACAACGUAAGUAAGUGUACGAAGGUUUGUGGACGUGGAUUAGAAAAGAAUAAGAGUUAAGAUAAAGGUAUGGAAGGAAGGGAGAGUGUGGUCAGAAGAGAAAGUAAGUGAAAGGUGAAGAGAGAAAGGCUGAGCAUCCAGAGUCUUGAUAUUUUAAAGGGCUUGUUCUGUAGUGGAUUGGAAAAUCUUUAGUCUGUAAUAAAACAGUAUCAUCUGCAAAUAAUUUGAAGUCAGAAAAGAAGGGAUUUACUUGGACUUUUAAGUGCUAGCUAGCUUAACGGCAUACUGCCAGGCUAAUCUUGUAAUCAGACCAUGCCAUUAACAUGCCAGUAUUAAUAUUAUAAUGAUUUUACAGUAAUUCAUUGUAGCACGGAUAUUUGGUGACUGUCCAUGUGCCGUUCCCCUUAUCUCCGCCUUUUGCAAGCGUCUGCAUGACACGUCCAAAGCAAACUUGCCUACAGGCAUGCACCUGUCGGCACACUGGUUGGGCCGCACUGAAGGCAAGGGUCAGAUCCAUAUCGCCAGGCAAAUAAAGAAAUGAGUCUGCCUUUUUCCUUCAGGUCCUUAAGUAGAAGCUAGCACUUUUGUGUUCCUGUUUAGACAUGUUUGUAUAUAUUAGUUCAACUCUGUGGGAUUUGGUGGUUGAGUUUGUGUUCGUUUGAGCAGCACUGCUUGGUUGAAAAUAUUUCACCACCGCUUCUAGGACUUUCAUUGUUGAGUAUUCUUUAUCUCAGGCCUGUGAGACGUUCAGUUUUGGUCUGUUAAGAGGGAAAAUCCAUUGACACAUUUUUUUUGUUCUGUAUCACAUCCAGUUUUAGUAUACAGUACGUGGUUGUUUUCUGUGCUUGGUGUCUCGGGGUUAUCUCAACCUCAUAUGUGGUUCUCACAUUGGCCAUCAGGUCUGGAGGAAAGCACAUAGUUCAUCCACAUACUACUUUAUAAUAUAAAAUAUCAUGUUUAGAUACAAGGAAGCGUAGAGCUUUGUGCUUGACCCCUUUGGCCCUCCAGCCGUCAGCGCUGCUGUCCCUGAUGUUCAUCAAUCCAGCCAAUCCCUCCCACUCAGCUCCUGCACUUUUUCAUUUAACCUUUUGUUUAAGUGACACCAUUAUUUGAAGUAUAUAGAGUCUAACAUAUUAAUGAGAAAUUUUAGCAUAAUGUGUGCCUAUUGUAACAAUGUCAGCUAACACAAGAUUUUUAAUAUAUGUAGAAGUUACGUUUUGCUUUCCACAUGAAGAGGCCCACAGAAGGGAAUCCACAUCAAGCCAAAAGUGUUAUUUAUUUUAUUUUGAGGAAAUUGAAUACUCUUGCUCACAUGUUUGUGAUACGUUUUGUGCUAAUUGACUAUCGCAUUUAAUAAAGGAAGAAGCGCUUCAGUUUAUUGUUUUGUACGUGUGUGGGAUUGAAGAGAACAGGAAAGAAGGCACAUCCAGACUGUUAUAUCGUUUCAGAUUUGUCGUAGUUGUCAUAUCCACUGUUUUCCAGUAAAGCAGGUAUGUGUCUUUCUUUAUGUAAAGUAUAAAAUGUCCUGUGAUAAUUUCUUUUUUUUUUUUUCCAUGAUCUGUACUACUCAUGGCUAUUAUUCAGUUGUCUCUUCUUUUUUUUUUUUUUUUUAAUAAAGCAAUGGAAACAAA